AUGAAAAUGAAAAUUCCAUUUUUUUGGUUACCGUUAAUCCUUCUCCUCUUCUUGGUGGUGGGAUGGAGUGAGGCAGGAAAGGCGAAAGUCCAAAUAACGGAUGACCUCGACGACGUCGUUGAUGAUGAAGAAGAUGAAGCUUGGAAGGAAUGGGGGAAGAAAAAGCCAUCCGUUCCUGAAAAAUUCGAUCCCCCAAAAAUUGAUUACGACACAAUGAGUUUGUCUGAGAUCCAGCACGAGAUCAUGAGCCGUCAGUAUGGCCCCGUUUUCGGCUUCGUUAAGCUCCGAUUAGGAACUCGCCGGACUCGGGAAACAGUGACUGAAACGACAAAGAGAUGGACACAAAUUCUAAAAACUGGAGGUAUUGAAGCGAAUUUCGCGGGUGUUGAUGUUAAUACCGUCAUGUUUACCCUGCAAAGAGGCCUGGACAACUUGGAGUUGAAAGAGUUUUUCCUCAAUCAACCAGAAGUUUAUGAAGUUAAGAUAGGAGAUCAACUUUUUCGAAGACCUGGAGAUCCUCCUUUAGAACAAGAAUCGGAGUAUAAAAUAAAUUGGUACAAUUGA